AUGCCUACCGACACCUUGCUUCCACGACCUGCUAUACAGUCUCAUUCAGACAACGCCCAUUCCGAUUUCAACGAGAACUCCCCGACAAGCCCAAGCCGCUACUUGAAGCCUAGUUGUCGUCCCAAGCCUCCCACCUCUGCAUGCCUCGACAAGAAUCUUGUUGAAGUCAAUGGCCUAUACUUCCAGAAUAUGGCUGACGCACAGGCUGUUAUGAACGACAUCCAGUGGCGUGCACCAGUAUCGGACAGCACUAUCCCGCAGACUGACAAAGACCAUCAGGAUGUAAUCAGGAAGCUUGUGUCGUCUUUCAAAGACAUGUCCACGGCUAAGGAUACUGCAGAGAACGCUUACCGCAAACGUCUAACCCCAGGCGAAGCGUCGUACUAUCAGGAUUGGGCAAUCGAGGCAUGUGCUUGGGAUAUCGUUCGGAUGGCCAAAUCUAUACACACCGAUGGCUUCAGGGUUCCGAUUUACGACAAGAACCUGGUCAACUACAUCGGUCAAACUCAGGAAUGGACUUUUGAGGAGCGCAUCGACUGGAUCUGCACUGUUCUCAAGACUUCCAAGAACGUCGCUGCUAACCUCAUGAAGAAUGAAAAGGCGUGGACCAUCAUCGGUGCACCUCACAAGAUGUACCAGAGCACAUUGACCAACACCAUUGCGAACGCCAACCGCGGAGCAUGGGUCAAGAGCGGUCGUCAAGCGGACACUGAACAUCAAGCUCGUGUCAACAAGCGUAGGAAGACGAUCCAUUUCGCGGACGACCAGGAGGAAGUCAUUGGCAAUGCUUCUGACACGGGUAACAAAGCCUCGAAGCCACAGAGCGACGCAGUCACUGAGCUCGGUAAGCACUAUAUAUAU